AUGAGAUCCAGCACCACAGGCGAUGGCUGGCCUGACUUACCAGGCGCCGCCUGCAGUCAAGACUCGACCGACACUUGGGCUGGCCGUGAUGCCAUGAUCUCGGCCGUCAAAGAUUUCUGUGCAGGUAAAAGGUCCAUCUGUUUGGACUGCUAUAAAGGGGCUAAACUUUGCACAGAUCCGCACCACACGAGGGGAUCAAAGGGCGAGCUGACUAGUGCAACCUUCGGUUCAGACUUUGACUACAUGAAUGUGUCCAUAAGUUGGGAGGGCGACGGCGCCGCCGUCAUCAGUGAGCAUGGUUGCUCAACGUGGCUCGAUAUCAUGACAGACGGCUGCAAUGUCCCUCAAUCCGGGCAGAGCAGCGACAAACAUGGCGGCUUGAUUGAGUACACAAACACCAAGCUGAAUGCCACCCUGAAGAUCGAGCCUCUCGUGGUAAGAAGGAUAUGGGAUGGCGGUCAGGCUGGCGGUCAGCAAUGCAACAGCAUCGACACCAACAACUAUAUCGACCAAGGCACUUUGGCCUCCAACAUCGGCGAUUUCUGCACAAAGUCAGCAGGGCAGAAUAUUGCAGAGUCGGACUCAAUCUUUUCACAGAUUUACAACGACGGCACGCCUGAUCGCGUCGAGCUAUCCACGCAAUGGCCAAAGGGCCAGCGCAAUUAUCAGGUCUUCCAAGACGAGUGCGUCCAUUACAUGAGCGUCAUCAAGUAA